AGCAGUAUUACACUGGGCAGCAGCGUUCAUUUUCAUUUGCAAGAUUAAGGAGAAGAUAUGACAAGCGGCAAACCAUGCAGGAAAGGUUAUCUGCGUUUAGUUUGGGGGCGAUUAUCGACUAUCAGCUUGUCAGAAGUGAGACGAUGGUGGCUAAGAAGAAUCCCUAUACUAGAGUGGGCUACCAGGUAUAAACUACAGGAAAACUUCAUUCCAGACCUUAUCACAGGGAUGAUGCUGUCUGUCCAGCAGGUGGCACAAGGUCUUGCCUUUGCAGUGAUGUCAUCAGUUCACCCUGUGUUUGGCUUGUAUGGCUCUUUCUUUUCCCCGUUGAUAUAUGCCUUUUUUGGGAUGGGUCGUCACGUUUUUACAGGCACUUUUGCUAUCACAUCCCUGAUCUCUUGUGCAGCCGUUGAGCGGCUUGUUCCACUAAACAGCAACAAUGUCACCAAUGCCUCGCUGGAUGAUAUGGGUUUAUCUGACUUUGAAAUGCAAAGAAUAGGAGUCGCUGCAGCUGUCACAUUUCUUGGCGGGGUCAUCCAAAUGUCCAUGUUUUUGCUGAAUUUGGGCUGUACAACCAUCCUGUUAUCAGAACCGGUAGUUAGUGCAAUGACAACGGGCGCAGCCACUCAUGUGGUGACGUCACAAGUAAAGUUCCUGCUAGGAAUGAAGAUGCCAUAUAUAUCAGGACCAUUAGGAAUGUUCCAUAUUUAUAUCUAUAUUUUUAAAAAUAUCAAUCUUGCUCAUAUAGGAGCUUUGCUUUUAUCCAUUCUCUCCCUGGUGGUGCUGAUUCUGACAAAGGAGCUCAAUGAAAAGUUCAAAAGUAAAAUCAGAUUUGUUAUCCCCAUUGACCUGGCACUGAUAAUUUCGGCUUCUCUUGCUUGUUACUUUGCUGAUAUGUCCAAAACUCAUGGAUUUGAUGUCAUUGGACCUAUUCCAAAAGGAAUACCCCUUCCAAAGGUACCACCAAUGGACAUCUUACAGCAUGUUGUUGUGGAAGCAUUUGGGGUGGCUAUAGUUGGAUAUGCGGUGUCUAUAUUUCUUGCCUACAACUCAUCAAAGAAGUUUAAAUACCCUGUUUGUGAAAAUCAGGAACUCUUGGCUCAUGGACUCAGCAAUAUUAUUCCAUCAUUUUUCUUUUGCAUUCCAAAUUCAGGAGCCCCAGUCCGAUCUUUUCUAUCAUACAGCGUUGGAUCGAAAACCCAGGUGGCCUCUCUGAUAUCAUGUGCAUUGGUCCUGUUCGUCAUUUAUUUUGUAGCACCACUCUUAUACUGGCUACCUAUGUGUGUCCUGGCAGCUAUAAUUGUUGUGGGGCUGAAAGGUAUGCUCAUACAGUUCAGAGAUUUGAAGAAAUACUGGAAUGUUGAUAAAUUUGACUGGGUGAUCUGGAUUUGCACUUAUCUGGUUACAAUCUGUUUUGCCGCGAAUAUUGGUCUCUUAUUUGGAGUUGUAUUUAGCAUAGCAGUUGGAGUGCUUAGAUUAACCAGAGCAAAGAUACUGCGUGUAGUAAACAUGCAUGAAGAAUAUAGCACGGAGACUGAAGACAAGUAUUCGGAGGUAAAAGUUAUCUCUGUUGGGGCACCACUCUUCUUUCUCAAUGCCAAGAGAUUCCACAAGGACGUCUUGGAGAUGAACCGUAAAUUUGUAACAAGAAGAGAUUCCUGUAUGCAUACAAAUGGAGCUUUACUAAUGACAACACCCAAAGGAUUCUACAAUGGACAAUUUCAGCACAAUGGAAGUUUCAACACCACCUUGAUCUUGGACUGCAGUGGGGCACCAUUUCUGGACUACACAGGAGUGACUACCCUCACCCAGAUGUCCCAGGAUCUAAGAGAAUAUGACACGGCUGUACUAUUCUCAGGCUGCAGCGUGUCACUAGUCAAGGCCCUAAAGUACUGCGGCUCAAAAAACGAACAUUUCUUCACUACAGUAAAAGCUGCCCUUGAUGCCCUGAAAGUAAAAACGAGCAGUGGAUCCUCUUUGGAAGUUCUUGAGUCAUCUGAUGCAUAGGACCUGAUUUGGAGAAGCAAUGGACAAUAUUUAUUUGUGUUUUUCUGCUGGGUGAAUAUGAAGAACACGGCCUAUUCUUCAUUACUCUUCCUUUGAUAUGACUUGUAAAGUGGACUUUCAGUAGAAGGCAUGAGAUUUAUGGUGAUGUACUAUGUAAUAUCCUCACAUGGUCACAUCGCAUCUUCAGAUAAACUUUAUACAAUAUAGACAAGGCGGCCAGUACGUAAGGGUGUGGGUCGCAUUUGAAAAGUUUAAUAAUUUUUCAAGGAGUUAAAAGGGUUUUCCAGGAUUUUUUCCUCUGGAUAGAUCAUCAGUAUCUAAUUAGUUGGGGUCUGAGACUGGGGACUCCCGCCGAUCAGCUGUUUUGAGAAGGCCUUC